GGGCACUGGAGAAAUAUGGAAGGGGCAAACCUGAGCCAAGAGAUUGAGUUUGAGCUUCUGGGCCUCACCAGGGACCCCCAGCUGCAGAGGGUGCUCUUCACGGUGUUCCUGGCCAUGUACACCAUCACUCUGCUGGGGAAUCUGGUCAUGUUCCUUCUGAUCCACAUGAGCGCCGUUCUGCACACACCCAUGUACUCCCUCCUGAAGAGCCUCUCCUUCUUGGACUUCUGCUACUCCUCUACAGUUGUCCCUCAGACCCUGGUGAACUUCUUGGCCAAGAGGAAAGUGAUCUCCUAUUUUGGCUGCAUGGCUCAGAUGUUCUUCUAUGCAGGUUUCGCCACCACCGAGUGCUAUCUCAUUGCCGCCAUGGCCUAUGACCGCCAUGCUGCUAUUUGUAAUCCACUGCUCUACCCACUCACCAUGUCUCCUGAGAUCUGCAUGUCUCUCACUGUGGGCUCCUACGGUGCAGGAUUUCUCAAUUCUCUGAUCCACACAAGCUGUAUCUUUAGUCUAAAAUUCUGUGGUGCCCAUGUGGUUACUCACUUCUUCUGCGACGGACCGCCUAUCUUGUCUCUGUCUUGUGUGGACACCUCGCUGUGUGAGAUCCUGCUCUUCAUUUUUGUUGGUUUCAACCUUUUGAGCUGCACCCUUACCAUCUUGGUCUCCUACUUCCUAAUCCUCAUCACCAUCCUGAGAAUGAACUCAGCCCAGGGCAGGUUCAAGGCCUUUUCCACCUGUGCUUCCCACCUCACUGCUGUGUGCCUCUUCUAUGGCACAACACUUUUUAUGUACCUGCGCCCCAGGUCCAGCUACUCCUUGACCCAAGACCGCAUCGUUGCCGUGAUCUACACAGUGGUAAUCCCAAUGUUGAACCCCCUUAUUUAUUCUUUUAGAAACAAGGAUGUGAAGGAAGCUUUAAGAAAGGUUUGGGGCAGGAAAACAAUGGAACGAUCUUCUCAACCCAUUAUCUACUUUUGUAUGCUGAAAACUGACCUUAUAAGGUUAAAUAGGUGA